AUGUCCAGCAACAAACAAGUCAUCUUGAUCACAGGAGCAUCAACGGGCUUCGGCCGCCUCGCCGCCCAAGAACUCUCCAAAGCAGGCCACACCGUCUUCGCAGGCCAAUACUCCCACGACGGCAACACGGCUCCCUACGAAGAAGAAAUCGCCCAAUUCUCCCACCUCCACUCCGCCGACCUCCAACCCAUCCCCCUCAACCUCCUCUCCUCAGAAUCCCUAACCUCCGCCCUCUCAUCCAUCCUCUCCCAAACCUCCGGCCGCCUCGACACAAUAAUCCACAACGCAGGCCACAUGGGCUUCGGGCCCGCCGAAGCCUUCACAUGCGAACAAUACACUCGCAUGUAUGAAAUCAACGUGGUAGGAGCUCAACGCCUCAACCAACUCGUCCUCCCUCACAUGCGCGGCAAAAGGUCAGGACACAUAAUCUGGAUUUCAUCCUCGUCAGUCUACGGCGCGAAAUCUCCCAUGUUAGCACCGUAUUUCGCUGCGAAAGCGGCCAUGGAUUCUUUGGCGCAGAGUUAUGCGAAAGAAUUGAAUGCUUGGGGGAUUGAGAGUACGAUUGUGAGUCCGGGGGUUUUUACGAAGGGGACGAGUCAUUUUUCUGAUGCGGCGAGGCCGGAGAUACAGAGUGUUGUGAGGGAGUAUGAGGAGGGGCCGACGAAGGGGUUGGCGGAGCAGACGAUGACGGGGACGGCGAGUUGUGUGCCUGAGCAUGCGGAUCCGAUUGUUGUUGCGGAGGAGUUGGUCAAGUUGGCUGCGGUGCCGAGAGGAGGGAGAAGCCGUUUAGAGU